AAACGUGUGGCGUGGGAGGGGCCGGGACUUAAAGGGAACAGGGGCAGGCAAUCCAGCGUAGCACUUUCACUUUGAACGGCGCCUGUGUCUGAGUGGAGAACACAAGGAGUGACCAGAGGAAGAGGAGGGUGGCCCGCGUCUCUGCCGUUUUAUUCAUUAAGGAAACCAGGAGCUUCUGAAAUUUAGGAAGAUUCAAGGUCUGUAGUGCAAAAAAAAAAAAAAAAAAAAGGGGGGGAACAAAAAAAAUCUAUUGAAAACGAAAGAAGGCUGGAGCCACUCUGGGAUUUAGAGGGAAAAUCCAAAGUGAAAGAGAAUGAUGGCUUGUGGAGAUUAAUGGGUCAUAUUUUGGAAAGUACCAAAGGAAACCAAAAGAAGAGAAUGCACUGAGGGAUGUGAGCAAGGGGACUGAACAUCGACCGCUAAGAGAGAGGAAAGGCAGAAGCGUGCUCUGUCAGAGACCUCAACAAACCACAGAGGAGGAAACUUUGCCUUUCACAGAGUGACACAGCUGAAGAGUGAUUGCUGUCAACAAGAGAAAUGGAGAAGUGUCCAUUCUUAGAAAGAUAAAAUGCCAGAAAUGGCUAUAUUGACACAGGAUAUGUCGAAACGUUUCUUUGUAGGUCUACUUUUGCUGCUGCUCUUCAUCGUCCAAUGUGGUGGAUGUGACUUUGACCGGAAAGGUGUUGAAAACAUAAAGGCAACAAUCGACUCUAAUCCAAAUGGAUUUCGGUCUGUGUUCCCUAAAGAUUAUCGUGUAGUGCACCACUACACUCGAAGCAUGCUGUGCGAAACUGAGCCGUGUUGCGUGUUCUCGGCAGCAGUGGUUCUCGUAGAGUCCUGGCAUGUGCUCCUCACAAACCUGUGGGAUCAGCAUCUCAAUUACACCUUCAUCUUAGAGCUGAAGCAGACACUGGAUAGAAUUGUUGAAAAGAACAAAAAUAUAGAGAGUUUCAAGGAGGAGACGGAUUUCAAGCAGUACCCAUUGUUGUCUUCCUCCCCAGAAGAACUAUUAAAUCUAACAUCAGAACUUUUUGCCCGGUGGCUCCAGGUGGGUUGCUCACCUUCAAUUGAAACUUGUUUCCCGCCCACGCUGCCCCCGUUUUUUGAAAGGAAGGACUACGGUCCAGUGAGGGGCAAACUAUUGACCACUCGAGCCAUCAGACGCGAGGAAGACCAACCUGAAAAAAUGAUAGACAAUAAACCUCCAUCGUCCUGUGGAAGAUCUCGAUCCCGGCCUUGUCCAGCGGCUUUCUGGAGCCCCUUGUUAUUGUUGCUGUUAUUUGGACUCUACUGGUAGCAACUUUGUUUUUUAUUUUUUUUUAUUGCACAAUAAUGAAACUUUUACCUGGCACUGAAUGAAUUAUUUUUGAGUUUCGAUGCAGUAAGCUUUGCUAAAAUGAAGUGAUAUGCACAAGCUGAAUUAAAUGCCAAAAGUCAGCUAACUUUGCUCUUGUUAUAUCAAAUAUAUAUAAAACCUUAUAGUCACUCUCUUGGUUGAAAAAAAAGCCACAAGCUCCAGCUAAUUGUGCUUUCCUUGCUAACAAGAGAUCCAAACUGAGCUAGUCGGUGCACAUAAGCCAUUCUCUGUGGUUGCCUCACUGUUUACAAAUGAAUGUUGUGAGAGUUUAUUCCUGUAAGUAAAUGUAAGUUAAAGACUUUUAGGUAUUGUAGCAUUUGGUUUAAAUUAGAGUGAUCCAGUAACUUAUAUUUAUUAUUACGGUUCUUUUGUUGUUUGUCUAAGAUGGAAGAGUGCAUUAGCUCUCGUGAAUGAGCUGAAAAUCUGAGGGCAAUAGUUUAGCAUUUAUAAGACAGUAAAUGUUGCUGCAUGGAUCAAUGCUCUGUUACUGAAACAGUAAAAUGCUUCUUUUCAUACCUA